CACACACACAGACACAGACACACACUGAAGGACUAACUCCAACACAGGAUUAUACUCUUCAAGAACUGGAAACACCGUGUUUUACUUUAUUGUUCUGUGUCUGAGAAGAUGGACGUGAACUGGGUCACGUUGCUGCUUCUGCUGUUCGGCUUCGAUCAGUUGCUGGUGGUGUCGAGCGCUGAGCCUAACCACUUUAACCAAAUCAUCAUCGGCCAGUACAGAUGUUUCCAGAGGAUCAUUAGAGAGUCGCACCGCUUGUCUAAAGCCCCAGGGCCCGUGUGCAACACAACGUGGGACGGCUGGUUGUGUUGGGAUGAAACCGAAGCCGGAGUCACGACGGAGCAGGGCUGUCCCGAGUUCUUCGACGACUUCGACUCUAGUUUGAUGGCGUCCAAAGUGUGCACUGAGACGGGCGAGUGGGGACGUCACCCGGAAAGCAACCGCACGUGGUCGAACUACACAAACUGCAAAGGCAACAUGACGCACCACAAUGCGGUGGCGAUGUCCCACUUCUACCUGGUGAUGAUCGGUCAUGGACUGUCUCUGGUGUCUCUGCUCAUAUCGUUGGGAAUAUUCUGCUAUUUUAAGAGUCUGAGCUGCCAGAGGAUCACGCUCCACAAAAACCUCUUCCUCUCGUUCGUGCUGAACUCCGUCACCACCCUGGUUCUGCUGAACAUGUUGAAGGAGAAUCAGGGACAAAACAGCAAAGACUCGACGAGCUGCAAGCUGGCCUGGUUCGUGCACAUGUACCUGCUGAUCUGUAACUACUUCUGGAUGCUGUGUGAGGGCAUCUACCUGCACACGCUCAUCGUGGUGGCCGUGUUCGCAGAGAAACAACACCUCAUAUGGUAUUACAUGCUGGGCUGGGGAUUUCCACUGGUGCCGGCUGUGCUUUACUCCCUAGCGCGUCACUUCUACUCCAACGACAACUGUUGGGUCAGUCCGACGUCCCUGCUGUAUAUUAUCCACAGCCCCAUGUGUGCUGCACUAGUGGUGAAUCUGUUCUUCCUGCUGAACAUCGUGCGGGUUCUCAUCACCAAGCUAAGGGUGACGCACCAGGCCGAGUCCAGCCUGUACAUGAGGGCGGUGAGGGCCACGCUCAUCCUCGUCCCUCUGCUCGGCAUCCAGCUCGUCCUGUUCCCCUACAAGCCCCAGGAGCACUGGGCCAAGGAGAUCCACAUGUACAUCAUGGAGAUCCUCAUGCACUACCAGGGUCUCCUGGUUUCUACAAUAUUCUGCUUCUUCAACGGGGAGGUCCAGAGCGUCCUGCGGAGACACUGGAACCAGCAGCGGAUGCAGUUCGCCGGCACGUUCGCCAACGCCGACUUCUUCCGCUCGGCCUCGUACGUGGCGUCGUCCCUGACGGAGGUGCACCGCUGCUACAGCAUCGAGAGCCACACCGAGCACAUGAACAGCAAGAGCUACUCGGACAUCUUCAGAUCCGACAGCCCCUUCGUGUGAGGCCACGGCUCCACAGGCGUUGUGCUACUGUUCACGACAAAUGAUCACACCGGACAUUAUUCAAUCUCUCAGCAGAAAAAACAAAUCCACUCGAACACUUAUCUAUUUUUCCUCAUGAGUAUCGGACAGAAGACGUGUGGGACCAAAGAUCCAGAGAAUAUUUAAAGUUAUCAAACGUGAGGAAGACUCAACGAAUCAAACGAGGAUCUAACGCUCUUCUGCUCCGUGUGGAGUCAACUUGAAGAAGAGAGAAGUUGUGACGCUCCGGACGUUUCACAGCAGAAGUCGAUUCUUUGGGUUCAUGCAGACGAUGAAGAGUUGGAGUCAUCGAGCUCCGACAGCGGAGAUGAAGCUCCUCAGACGGUUACACAUCAGAGGCCAUUUCUGUUUCGGCCACUUUUGACUUAAGUUUCUAUUUAUGUGCAACUUCCUCUUUAACCAGUAACGGGAGCAGGUAGAAGAAGUUCAAUCUGAAUCACUGCUUUAUAUUUAGAUCGGUUUGAUUGAAAUGUGUGAAGAGUUGAAUCAGCAGGAACUGACUCACUGGGCGAUGUGGAUCGGCCAUCGCCUCUGGACCCUGACCAGUGGAGAGCUGCUGGUUCCAGUCUCCAGCUGCAGGAGUCUGCACAUCUGGUAACUUAUUGUUACGUCAAUCAAAAGUCCCUUAAAGGAACCGUUUCUUCUCAUAAUCACAGGUGUAUUAAAUAUUAAAGGAUUUCAAAUUCAAGUUCCACUCUGUAUAUCCCCCCCGAGCUUUCCACCUUAUUCUUCUGCCGCCAUCGGCUCGUGAAAUCUUAUCACAGUUUUGUUAGGAAUGAACAGUGUGUAUAUAAAACACAUCACUUUGUAUUAUAGUUUGUGAUGUCGCUUGUUUAAACUGAAGUAAAAUAAUGCUGUAAAUAAAAGUAGUGUUUUUAAAUGA